CAUACCAGAGUUUUCCUAUUUAAUGGUUUGAGCUUUGCUUCCUCACCGGUGACAUAAAGGCAAAAAAAAAAAAAGGAGAGAAGGAAACGCAUCGAGACAUUGAUCAUGGACAGGUAUCUGCUAAGCCCACCCGCCGCCGCCCUGCACCCGCAGGUCUCACGACGUCAACACUGCACCUGUGCCACCUGCCCUCCUCCUCCCGCGUACAACCCGCAAUGGCUCAGCAGCCAAGCGAACCCGCCUCCGCCGCCAUCGUAUACACAAGCGUCACAGCAGCAUCAUGCCGCCGCCAGACCGACCCCGUCGGAGCGAGAGGAGGAGGAUGCGCCUCCGACAGGGCUCUCUGACGCCACGAAGGUUGUUGACCAACCGCGGCCGCCCGGCUUCUUGACCCGUUGCCUGCAGAAGAUUGCUGACGCAACGACCUUUGACGAGGACAAGACACCGCCAAGGAGCUCCGUACCACAAGCGGUGCUACUCGUGCGCGUGCAAGAGAACAAUAAUACAAAGCAAAGCAGUGAGUGUCUCUCUCGUCCAGCGAGACAGCGACCGUACUGAUCCCCAUGGGCCAGAGUCCGACAUGUGCUUCGGAUCUUGCUGCAGGAACUAGUAAACGAAUGACUGGCAUAUGACACAUCUGUAAUGUGCUUUCGGCGAAAGUAUGACCACAACCUCACCACAGAAGAUCCCAAAUACCCAUUAGCAAUUGAACGUAGCGAAUAGCUUUACAAUGAUACCAUUAUUCAU